UAAUAGUUUAAUUGUUAGAUAUGGUAGGAAAUUACCUAUUCUUCCUAAAGUUGUUCUCCUUCUUAGAUGAUUUCCUAUGUGUAUAACUUUUUGUUCUGCUUUCCAAAACAUCAGAUACUUUAGAACUAUCCAAAUAUUACAGAAGUGUUUAAUUUAUGGAGAGACAUUCUUAAUACUUAUGAGUUAAAACUAAUUAUAAGCUAAAUAUAUGAUUGAGAUUGUGCUUGGUGAUGCCCAGGCAAUAACAUACUUUUGGUCUGAAUACUCAGAGCAGGACUGUUGUGUGUUCAGGACACCCCUCAGUAGUAAAGCAUCGGCCUGCAGUGCAGGAGACUCAGGUUCGAUCCCUGGGUCAGGAAGCUCCCCAGAGAAGGAAAUGGCAACUCACUUCAGUUUUUUGCCUGGAAAAUUCCAUGGGCAAAGGAGCCUGGUGGGCUACAGUCCAUAAGGUUGCAAAAGAGUUGGACAUGACUUAGUGACCAAACAACUAAAUGUUGGGCAUGUUGUAGUGCUUACAAAUACUAGUUGGUGUUAAGAGCUUUAGCAGUUGAACUUCCCUAACAAGGCAGGAGGUUUUAGUGAGAAUUGUCUAUGAAAAGCAUAGAGGAUACAGCAUCUGUCUCUGGGAUCUGGUACCCAAAAUACAGCUCAUCUCAUGUGACACUUUAGAGGGGGCACUUAAGUUUUCUACGUUCUUGUUUCCACAUGUGCAAAGCAAUCUGAAUUGAACUCUUACAGUCUCAGUGAAAUAUAAAAUUUUCUAGAAAGUGAAGAUAGUUUAUGUUGCAAGCUGGGAGAAGUGCACCCCAUUAGGCAGGGACCCAUAGAGCAAAUGACAGCCUCUACCAUUUUUGGCGAGAACCAAGAAAUUAGCAAUGUCAUCUGCACCUGUAGUACUUGCUGCAGACCUGAUGAAGCAUGUAUUUUUGCCCUAAGGGAAUAUAGGAUGUCUGCAGACCACCUCCUCAUAUGCCCAGUAAUGGAGCAGCAGCAGUAUGAAAAAAUAUGGCUGGCCCUGAAUUGCUACUUUGUGAUUCUUGGUUUCUUUACUUCCCACUUGACCUUUCCAGAGCUGAUUGUCCAGUAAGAAAGAAAAGGCUAACUGAAGCAGGGCUCUGUGCUGGUCCUAAUGACUGGAUUCUUUGUGCACAUCAGGAUAUAGAGGGUCAUGGAGUAAAUCCGUGCACUAGUGGCCUUUCUGCACCUGGCAUGUUAGAUGUUAUUUGUGAAGAGAUGGAUCAGACAACGGGGGAACCACAGUGUGAAGUUGCCCGAAGGAGGCUUCAGGAAAUUGAGGACAGAAUAAUUGACGAAGAUGAAGAAGUUGAAGCUGACAGAAAUAUUAAUCGUCUCCCCAGCCUUGUCCUUUCUGAUACCAUGAAAACAGGUUUAAAGAGGGAAUUUGAUGAAAUCUUUACAAAGAAAAUGAUUGAGUCCAUGAGCCGUCCUUCCAUGGAGCUUGUGCUCUGGAAACCUCUCCCUGAACUCCUUUCUGAUAAGCCAAAGCCGUCAUCUAAUGCUAAGAACUACACAGGAGAGAGCCAAACUAAGCAUGCAGCUGCUGGCACUGCCUUUCCUCAGAGAACUGAACUGUUCUUGGAACCUCGGCCAACAGGGUUGCCUGUUUACAAUAGUUUGGAGACAGCUGCUUGCACAGAAGAGGAGAUGGAACUCUAGAAACCAGUUUCUACACUAAAGUUGUCAUGUUGCAGAGGCUUAUGUGUUCAGUCAUGAGCCUGCUUGUACAGUAUAGGGACUUGAAAGUUUUGAAACGGGUGUAAUACCUCCACCUGUGAUUUGGGGUGGGACUCUGAUUUUGGGUAGCCAUUUCUUGAAAUUCAACUUCUUGCCAAGGAAACUUGUCUCAAGGGAAAAGCAGUUUUCUAGGGGGCUUAUUAAAGCAAUGUGAGAGUACAUUCUGCAGAGUCAAGUAUAGAAGCUGUAUGUGACUUUUAAGUCAUCUGUCACAUUGUCUCAGUCAUUCAGAUACUUGGAGAAUAUUCAGACACUUGGGUUGAAAAAGAUGCAUUAAAAAAAAGAGUGCUCUCCCUACUACAAGUGUGCCCUGACGGUUGAGCCACAAUUUCAUCUUCAGAUAAAUGAGCUCUGUUUAUAAUGGUGACUAGAUAUUACUGGGGAAGAGGAAGAUGACAGUAGCUUAGUCCUAUUGCUGGGGAAUUUAACAGAGGCUCUGAAACUUGUAUAUUAGUUGUCAGUUCAGUGUAGCUCUACUGAUUAAAUAGCCAGUAGUGUUGUGGCUCCUCUCCUUGCCUCUGACAAUGCAGUGGAAAAUACAAAGAAAAGGUUUUUCCUCCGAGGCUUUUUUUACCCUGUGCUACUGUUGCUCCUGGGUUUCCCUUGCAUAAUUGAUAAACCCAGCUCUUCAGUGAUGUUUACAGCCUAAUUAACUUUGAUAGUUUAGAAGAUUGCGAGGUAACCAAUGUGCAAACUGGCUCUGGGAGAAGCAUCCUUAAGUAAUCCUGAGGAAGUGCCGUAUCAGCCCAGCCCAGCAUAUUAUUUCAGUAGUUAAAGAAAUGUGCCUGUAGAAGCAAGUUGUGGAGGUUUUUUUAAUGUUAAUUUAGGAAAUGUUGACUGAUAUAAUUAACUGGGCACAUACAAGUGACAUUGAGAUUUACUGAAAUAGCCAGUUUGCCUGGUGCUUCAACUCUUUGUGCAGUAAGCCUAGAAGUUACUAGAGAAUAGCUUCCUGCCAGCCAGAAAUCAUCAUCUGGAGGACCCUACCCAGGCCCAAGGUGUCCUCUGAGAGGAACCAGGAUUGAAGUAUUUUUUUUUUCUCAGGAACAGCUCUUCUGUGUGGCAAGGACUCAGUAGUACAAAGUAAAGUGACCGUCCCUUUAGUGGUACAGAAUACCCACUAUAACUUAUUAAAUGAGUGUAAUACUGGCCCUUUUAUCAGGCAGCAGGAGACCACCCCAGUUCUUUUUGUUUCCUGGGUUUCUUUUCUUUUGUAGGAAUCACAUACCUUGUGUAGAAAAAAUGGUUUAUGCCAAGUAGAGGUGACUUGAGGAGGCAGCUCCCAGGCAAUUUUGAAACCCAUGCCGAAGUCCCUCCCCUUGUUACAGAUGGCAUAGAAGUCACAAGUCUGUUAACUGGACUGUUGCUUCUCCUGCCUGUAGUUCCUGCUUUUUCUAUUUCUGUCUGGAUAGUCAGGAAAAGAUUUAAUGUUUAAUAUUUAAACAAAAUAUUUAAUGUCUACACAGUAAAAUUAUUCAGACUUCAAACCAGUAUUGAAACCAGUUGGAAACCAGCUACUAGUUUCUUAAUCUCAGAUUUAGAGAUGAAUGUAAACUGUUCUGUUGAAAUGUGCACGUGUUUGAUUCAGCCAUGUCAAGAAUUGCCUCUAGGUCAUUGUUUAAUGGGACCAACUUGUAACAUUUGUAGCCUUAAAUAAGUCUCCAGCUAAAAAGUUAGUUCUGCUACAGCUCCUAAAGAGGAAGUGACUGCCUGGAAUUUGGAGUUAGUCCCAGUGUUGGGGUGAAGAAGAGAUGACAGUUUUCCAAAGAAGGACACACACACACUUAACACUGUCCUCUGUAGGGGUGUUGGACAGGCCUGGGAUCCAGGUCUGUACAGUGAACAGUAGGAAAGAGCCCUCUGAACAAGGCUCUGAUACCAUGGCUAUAUGUAGGAGAGAACUAGCAGGAUUCCGUUAAUUAAAAUCCAGGCAGAACUUGUUUCAGGAGUCAUUUUAUCUGACAUGAUCAUUAUUUCUGUGGGAAACAUGGAUGUUCAGUGCGCCUUUUUAAACUCGCAUUCAUUUGUACAAAAAUUUUCUUCUUCAUCCUUGUGGUGCUUACUCAUCUGAGCCGUCUCCACAGGCCCCAUGACUUGCUUUGUUUCCCUUUUUGUAGGGUAAGGCUUCUGUUUUUGCCUUAAGGUUUCCCUCGGGAAUUAACAGGUCUUUUCAUUUUCUAAAACUUAUACAGCAUGGAUCAAACAUUGGCUUACUAUGCUAAUGUGUGAUGAGAAAAGCUUAUCUAAAGCAGGUGAGCUUUAAUGAACAAAUGUAUAUUUCCUCUGAGUUUGAUUAGGAUGUGUGUGGUUUUGUUUUUUAAUUAAAAGAAAGUCCCGUUCUCACAGAUAUUAAUAAAAAAUUGCUACUCAUUCUUGAAAAGGUGCAAAUGUCCAAUUUAAAAAAACAAAAAAAGUAGGGUGGUAGCUCUAACCAUGAGAAGAAUGUUUACCAGCAGGUUCAUUGAUUAUUUUGGAUCUGGAACUUGGCUUUGUUUUUUAAAUAGUGAUAAGAAUGGUGGAAUACUAGGAAAGUUCUGGAAGAUGCUGUCAGUUUUACUUUAAAAUGAAUCUGGUGUUUCUGUAUUUUAUUGUUUUCAAUAAAACUUCUUAAGUGUUUUGGACUUUUUGAGUAUUUGUAUUCCUGCAUUUAAGUAAAUUGAAAUCAGCAAGUUUGGAAAAGUCCAGGGGGUAGGGAAAGUCCUUAAUGUUGAGUAACAUGGUCCUUCGUUUCUUGACUUGACAGGUCACUGGGUGGCAGUGUUGCCUGCAUGUUUACAACCAUUAUUAGAUAAAUGUGGAUCCCUAUUUGUGGGUGGGCAGAAUUUUCAAUGCAGUUGCCUAUUUUACCGGAAUUGAAAAUCACAGCUAAAAGUUACCUAAUUUAUUUUUAUAGAUUUGAAAACUAAGCCUAAGUAGAUAGUGACAAUUUAGUAUAAUCAGUUCGCCAGGUCCAGGGUUUUUUCUAUUUGACCGGUAGUUUUACAGACAGUUUUUUGACAGCAAUACCUAACAUGUUUAGUCAUUGAAAUAAACUACUGUAAGGUAUAGUUCAGGCGAUGAUAACUUUAAACGCCUUGAGGGAAUAUAGUUGUAUAUAUAUCUGUUUGGUUCAAAUACUCUUUUAUCAGUGGCAUUUGAGAGAUGAACUUAAUGCAGUUAGAAUAGAUAGGAUGUUGUCUUUAAAAACUGGUUAGCAGGUAAACAAGCCAGUCUUCCUGUCCCUUCAUUAACUUUAGAAGUCACAGGGUCAAGACUGAAUGUCUUUGAAGAUGAGCAUUUGAUGCCAUAAAGUAUUCCUGGUGUAGGAAUUACUUCUGCCUACAGGUCUGUUGCUACGUUGCCUGUACCCGCAGCACACCUGCUACAGAAGCAAGGAGGCAGGCACACAUCAGUGUCUGAAGGUUCAAGGGAUUGGUGUCUAGCCAUCUGUCACCUGUUUCUUUUAAUCAGAACUGUGGACAACCAUUUGCUUUUAAUAGCAAUCUUGCUUUGGUUUUGUGGGGAAAGAUCCUGAUUUUCAUUUUUUAACUAUUCAAUUUAGUGUUUCAAUGUGAAGAUACCCGUGAAUAUCAGGUGUUUUCUCAGGUUCUGAGCAUGGUGUUUUAGUAAUUUUCACCCAUCUGUGCAGGAAAUGAAAACUCAAAUAAUCUAUACUCUUGUGUGUUAUUCCUGUUAAUACAGCUGUUUCUUUCAUGUGAUGUCACUGAAUGUAAAUUAUCUGAACCCCAAUCUUCAGAUGCUUGUUCUAUAAUUUUGAAAGCUAAAACAUAUCUGUA